AUGAAGCUUUUGUUUUUUAUUGUUCUCUUUAUGGCCUUGUUGGCUUUGACAUCUGCCUUGUCCAAUCAUGAAAUGCGUCGUCGUCAUAAACACAAGCAUAGAAAUCAAGGCCGUCGCCAUAGAUCCUCCUUGUCUUCAAAAAGAGCUGUUCAAUCGUCCAUGAAAUUAAGAUCAUCCACCAAAUGGUCUACCACUACCACCACAAAGAGCGGCAAGACGAGCACCUCCACUACUACCACCAAGAAAACUACCAAGACUGCCUCUCCUACUCGUACUACCACUGCCAAGAAAUCGACAACUACCACUCUUACUACCAAGAAAGCCGCUCAAACAUCUUCUUCUUCUGGUGGCGGCAAGUAUUCUGGUGACGGAACUUACUACGAUGUUGGACUCGGCUCCUGUGGCAAAACAAACUCCAAUUCCGAAAUGGUAGCUGCCCUGAAUGCUCCUCAGAUGCAGAAUGGCGCUAAUCCUAACCACAACCCUCAAUGUGGAAAGAGCAUUAGAGUCACUAACCCUGCCAACGGUAAAUCUAUCACUGUCAAAAUUGUGGACACUUGUCCUCCCUGUUCAUCUGGUGAUGUGGAUCUCAGUCCUAAAGCUUUCGCUGCUAUUGCUGAUAUGAAUCUGGGCCGUAUUCCUAUCAAAUGGGAUUGGGCUUAA